AUGGAUAUACAUAGGGAGACGGUAAUAGGGGGUCCUGGGAAGGAGGGGAACUGCUCUUGCUCUGGGUCUGGCUCCUGCACUUGCGGUAGGAGUCUCACAGAUGUCGCCUCGCCAGGUGUAGCACACGAGCGGCCGUCGACUGUCCAGAACGAGAUAGACAAACACCAACAGGAACCGCAACCACAACAACAAAAAGAACGAGAAGGGGACUUAACUGCGGAUGAAAAUGCCAUUGUGCCUAUAGAUGUCGAUGACUCCUCGGUACCUUCCGCUCCACCCGUCUACAUUAAAGGAUGGAGACUUUAUAUGCUAGGCGCUGGUGUAUGGAUCUCACUCUUCUUGUCAACCCUCGAAACGACUAUCGUUAGUACGAGUCUUGUGAGUAUCACGGAUGCGAUUCAUGGGUUUGCGAUGAGGGAUUGGAUUGUUACUGCAUAUUUGAUUACUUACACCGGUUUCCUAGUAAUAUUUGCUAAAUUUAGCGACAUUUUUGGGAAGAAGACCAUGUUUCUAUUGGCUUUGGCCAUCUUUACUUUAUUUUCCAUAUUAUGCGGAGCAGCGGAAGGGAUUGUUGAGCUGAUCAUCUUCCGUGCCUUCCAAGGCAUGGGCGCUUCGGGCAUUUACUCGCUAAUCAUGGUGAUCGCGCCAACGCUGGUCCCUCCUGAAACGUUUGGGAGCGCUAUUGCUGUCAUAUCAUCAGUGUUUCUGCUCGCGAGCGUCCUGGGCCCGAUUUUAGGAGGUGUAAUCAGUGAGCAUGGAGGUGGCACCUGGAGAUGGGUGUUCUUGCUGAAUGCCCCUGGAGGAGGACUAGCCCUCUUGCUACUCACGUUCUUCCUCCCUUCCUCCAUCUCGGCCACCGGAACCACAGAUUUCUGCACCCAUCUUCGUAGUAAAUUCUCCAAAGCCGCCUGGUCCCGUGUCGAUGUUCUUGGCACAGUACUCCUUCUCGCAUUCUCUGUGCUGCUCGUUUUCGCACUGGAAGAGGCCGGGUCGAGAUAUCCAUGGAGUAGCCCUGUGAUUGUGGUGACGAUAAUAUUUGCUACUAUCUCUGGGAUGGCUUUUAUAGUGUGGGAAUGGCUGGUUGAGAAACGUGGCAAGGAGAAGAGAGGAAGGCAAGAGCCGACAUUUCCGUUGAGUUUGUUAAAAGGCAGAGUCAUGGCCGCGAUGAUGGCAACGGCUUUCUUCAUUGGCUUUCCCUUCGUCGCCAUCAUCGUCAACAUUCCGCAACGCGCACAGGCAGUUUACGACGUGUCAUCCUCAGAAGCUGGAUUAGGGCUCUUACCUUUAAUGCUCUCCUCUCCCUUUGCAACCGCCCUUUCAGGCUACCUUACAUCAAGUCGCAAUGUUCCGCCUGUACACAUAAUCCUUGUAGGCGCCAUUUUACAGGUUAUUGGAGUGGGCCUAACGUGCUCUCUUCCAAUAACAGCAACUGGGUUCCCGAAGCAGCUGUAUGGAUUUGAAGUUAUUAUGGGGUUGGGAUUUGGACUUGGAUUGAGCACCCUGCUUGUGCUUGCUAGGCUUGUGGUCGAUGAAAAGAACUUACCUGUGACCAUGGGGGCUAUUACGCAAGUUCGCGUGCUAGGUGGCACAAUUUCUCUAGGAAUCUGUUCAACAAUCCUCAACAACCAUCUCCGUCCCCAGUUAUCCAAGCUUAUUACCCCCGAGCAAGCCCACGCAAUAUCGGAGAAUCUCUCCGCCAUCCAUACCUUGACGCCUAUACAACAAGCGGGUAUCCGGCGCGUAUUUGCAGAAGGAUAUAACCAGCAGAAUAUCUUUCUUGUGGCUCUGACAGGUAUCGGGCUAUUGACGUCGCUCUUGCUGAUAGAGAAGGUGCCGAGAAGGGUUAAGUGA